CAUACACAUCAAGUCCCCAUUUUCUCCCUCUCUUCACUGUCUCUGCUCAAUAAUCUUUCUUCCCUGCUCUUCUCAUCUACUCUUCUACACUAACAGUAUAAUAAUUUCUAAAUCAUCUCAUCUCAUCUCUCAGUCUUUAUAAUCGCUUAUUCAAUCCGAUUUUUUAUCAGCAUCAUCGUCUCAAAGAGGAAUCGUGUUUUUUUUUUCUAUUUUAGAGGGAGGUUAAUUCGUGGAAUUAUCGAUGGGUAGAAAGAAGCCAGCCGCGCGUGAUGAGGAGAACGCUCCUGCGGGUGGUGGAGGGAAGUCGAAGAAGAAGGGGUUGAUGAUUGAUGAUGAUGAGUAUUCGGUUGGGACCGAGUUGUCCGAGGAGACGCAGGUUCAGGACGAGAAAGUUGUGAUUACUGGGAAGAAGAAGGGUAAGAAGGGAAAUCAGAAGGAUUUUAAGGAAGAGAAGGGGGAUGGUGAGGAGGAGGAAGUGCCGGAGGUUGUGUUUGCUGGGAAAAAGAAGUCGAAAGGGAAGAAGAGUGGUGCUGGUGGGAAUGCUGGUUUUUCAUCGUCCAAUUUUGCCUUAUUGGGAGGUGAUGAGGAUGAUGAUGGGAAUGAUGACGACGAUGAGAGAUCGGAGUUGACUGGCGAGAAAGAUAGUGAGGAGGAGGAUGAGCCUGUGGCAAGUUUUAAAGGGAAGACAAAGGGUAAGGGGAAUAAGGGGAGUGGUGGUGGUAGUUUGUUUAGUGCAUCGGCUUUUGAUGCUAUUGACGAUGGUGAGAUUGAUGGAGAGGUGGUGGAUAAAGAAGAGGAUGAUGAUGACAAUGACGUGCCUGUUAUUGAAUUUACAGGAAAGAAGAAGAAGUCGGCAAAGGGUGGUAAGAAGGAUGCUGGGAGUGUGUUUUUGGCAGCGAGUUUCGAUGGGUUAGAUGAGAAUGAGGAUGACGAGAAGAAAGAUGAGGAUGAGGAUUUUGGUGCGAUUACUUUCUCUGGUAAGAAGAAGAAGUCUUCCAAAUCUAGCAAAAAGAGUGGUAGUAAUAAAUUUAGUGCGGCAUUGCUUGAUGAUGAGAAUGAUGAAGAGGCUUCUGUGUCUGAAUCAGUGAAAACCAAUGAUGAUGUGAUUGGCGUUGAGGAUGAAGAUGAGUCGGUGGUUGCAUUUACUGGUAAGAAGAAGAAGUCCUCUAAGAAGAAGGGGGCUAGUAAUCAUGUUUUUUCUGCAUUGGGUGGAGAGGAUGAGAGAGAAGUUGCUGAGAUGGUUGAACCAGAAGAACCUAAUAUUGUCGAAGCUAAUGAUAGUAAGGUUACUAAGAGUGAAGCGGUGGCAGAGACUUCAAAGAAUAAGAAGAAGAAGAAGGGUAAGAGUGGAAGGACUGCUCAAGAAGAGGAUGAUUUGGAUAAGAUUCUUGCGGAGCUAGGUGGGGGGGCAUCUACUUUGAAACCUUCUGAACCACCUCCACAAGAGGAGAAACUUAAUGUUCAGCCUGAACCAGUUGCAGUGCCAGAUGCUCUGGUCGAGAAGGAGGGUGAAGAAGAAAAGGAAGAGUCUGCUGCUGCAAAGAAGAAGAAGAAGAAGAAAGAGAAGGAGAAAGAGAAGAAGGUAGCUGCUGCCGCUGCUGCAGCGGCAAAGGAAGAAAAGCUGGAGGAAGCAAAAGCUGAAACAAGUGAGCCAAAAAAGACAGAUGCAAAGGGUAAAGCUGCUGAAAAGAAGCUUCCUAAGCAUGUUAGAGAGAUGCAAGAGGCACUUGCUAGGAGAAAAGAAAUGGAGGAGAGAAAAGCAAGGGAGGAAGAGGAGAAGAGGAGGAAGGAAGAAGAGGAAAGACUAAGGCAAGAAGAACUUGAGAGGCAAGCAGAAGAGGCUAGGCGUAGGAAGAAGGAAAGGGAAAAGGAGAAACUCUUGAAGAAGAAACAGGAAGGCAAGCUUCUAACAGGGAAGCAGAAGGAAGAACAACGGCGGCUAGAGGCUAUGCGGAAUCAAAUACUUGCUAAUGCAGGCAUCACUGUCCCUACUGCAGACAGAGAUAAUGCACCUACAAAACGGCCCAGGUACCAGACUAAGAAGUCAAAACCAGCUCACCAUCAAGCAAAUGGUAUCAAGAUAGAGGAACAUGUAGAAGCUAAAGGAAAAGAGCAAGAGGAGCAGGAAGAAGUGCAUGAGGUGGAAACCGUAGAAUUAGAGAAGGCUGAACCAGUGGAGGAAGAGAAAACAGAAGUUGCUAGUGUACCUGAGGAGAAUGGAAUGGAGGAAGAUGACGAUGAUGAGGAAUGGGAUGCAAAGAGCUGGGAUGAUGUAAAUCUUAAUGUUAAGGGUGCAUUUGAUGAUGAGGAGGAUUCUGAGCCUGAACCUGUCUUGAAGAAGGAAACAAAGAGUUCUGUUCCAUCUUCUCGCGGUGCAGCCCCUCCUUCAGAUGCCAAGCCUGCAAUUGCAGUCAGAAAACCUGUUACAUCACAGCCAAUGGAUUCUCGUGAUGUUGAAAAUAAGAAAAUUCAGACUGAGGUUGAAGUUUCUGACAAAAACAGGAAGAAAGACGCUGCUGUGAAAAAUAAAGGAGCAGUUUCAGAUGCCAUCCCUAAACAGGGUGAAGAGAACCUGCGCUCUCCAAUUUGCUGUAUUAUGGGCCAUGUUGAUACUGGUAAAACCAAGCUGUUGGAUUGUAUUCGAGGCACCAAUGUGCAAGAAGGUGAGGCUGGGGGUAUCACGCAACAGAUUGGUGCAACAUACUUUCCUGCUGAGAACAUACGGGAAAGAACAAAGGAAUUGAAAGCUGAUGCAAAAUUAAAUGUCCCUGGUCUGUUGGUUAUUGAUACCCCUGGCCAUGAAUCUUUUACUAAUCUACGGUCACGCGGUUCAGGUUUAUGUGACAUUGCUAUUCUGGUUGUUGACAUAAUGCAUGGCUUGGAGCCGCAAACCAUAGAAUCACUCAAUCUUUUGAGGAUGAGGAAUACAGAAUUUAUUGUUGCAUUAAAUAAAGUGGACAGACUCUAUGCAUGGAAAGCACAACGUAAUGCACCUAUUAGAAAGGCAUUGAAGCAGCAAUCAAAAGAUGUGCAAAAUGAAUUUGACAGGAGGCUCAUGGAGGUCAUAACUCAGUUCAAGGAGCAAGGAUUAAAUACUGAAUUGUACUAUAAAAACAAGGACAUGGGAGAAACUUUUAAUAUCGUACCGACAAGUGCAAUUAGUGGAGAAGGCAUUCCAGAUUUGUUACUGCUACUGAUCCAAUGGUCUCAGAAAACUAUGAUUGAGAAACUCACAUUCAGAAAUGAAGUGCAGUGUACGGUAUUGGAGGUUAAGGUUAUUGAAGGCCAUGGAACAACAAUUGAUGUUGUGUUGGUUAAUGGUGUGCUCCAUGAAGGCGAUCAAAUCGUGGUGUGCGGCUUACAGGGUCCCAUUGUUACCACAAUUCGGGCUUUGCUGACACCCCACCCAAUGAAGGAACUCCGAGUUAAGGGGACAUAUCUUCACCAUAAAGAAAUCAAGGCUGCACAGGGUAUCAAGAUCACUGGGCAGGGCCUUGAACAUGCUAUUGCUGGAACUGGUUUAUAUGUGGUUGGGCGUGAUGAUGAUGUGGAAGAUGUCAAGGAAUCCGCAAUGGAAGACAUGAAGUCAGUAAUGAGUCGGAUUGAUAAAAGUGGCGAGGGAGUUUACGUACAAGCAUCUACCCUUGGGUCAUUGGAAGCGUUGCUGGAGUUCUUGAAGUCACCGGCAGUAAGCAUUCCUGUUAGCGGUAUAGGCAUUGGCCCAGUACAUAAAAAGGAUGUCAUGAAGUCCAGUGUAAUGCUUGAGAAGAAAAAGGAGUAUGCCACCAUUUUGGCAUUUGAUGUUAAAGUGACACCUGAGGCUCGGGAACUUGCAGAUGAACUAGGAGUAAAGAUUUUCAUCGCUGAUAUCAUUUAUCACUUAUUUGAUCAAUUCAAGGCUUACAUUCAGAAUCUGAAGGAGGAAAAGAAGAGGGAAGCCGCUGAUGAAGCUGUUUUCCCAUGUGUUCUUGAGAUAAUACCAGAGUGCAUUUUCAACAAGAAAGAUCCUAUCAUCUUGGGGGUUGAUGUUCUUGAGGGCAUACUCAAGGUUGGGACACCACUUUGUGUUCCACAAAAAGAUUACAUUGACAUUGGCCGAAUUGCUUCCAUUGAGUUCAACAAAAAAUCAGUGGAUUAUGCAAAGAAAGGCCAGAAGGUGGCCAUUAAGAUUGUGGGAACCAAUGCGGAGGAGCAGCAAAAAAUGCAUGGCAGGCACUUUGACAACGAAGAUCAACUAGUCAGCCACAUUACAAGAAGGUCAAUUGAUAUUCUUAAAGUUAAUUACCGGGACGAUCUGUCAAUUGAAGAUUGGAGGCUGGUUGUUAAAUUGAAGACCCUUUUUAAGAUACAGUAAGCAUUAAAGUAGCAUGAUGAUUCUGUUUAUGAUCGCAAAUACUUUGAAGGGAAGCAUCAAGGACGAGGACAGUCCUCAUGUAAGAUACAAAGGUUUUGUUGGGGGCAUUAAAGUAGCAUGAUGGAACUGUGUGAUUUUAAAAUCACACAGUUCCAUCGCAUGCGUAGAUGAGAUUGGUGGAAGUAUCAAGUCUUUGCUUGCUAUUGCUACAGAUCGAAGUUCGUUUGUUAUCGAACGAGGAAUAGUGUUUGUGUCUUCUUCUCUGAGAUGCGGCCUGUAUGUUUAAAUAUAACAUGCAAUUUUGCCAUGUUGCUGUCGGUUAAUAAAAGGAUCCGAAUUUAGUUGA